CAGCAGUUGCGGGGCGGGGCCCGGAAGCGCCCGCAGAAGCUGCGCAGGCGGUUGCGGGGCCUGGGUAAACAACAGCGGGGCGGUGAACGCCUACCGUGCGGGUCGCCCGCACCGCCCGGCCGCCGGCGAGGGAGGCCCGAGGAAGCAAAGCCGGCCGGUGGGGCUACCCUGCGCCGUUGGUGUGUCCGCUGGUCGCGGCUGGGCCGCCCGCGCCGGGCGAGCGGAGCCGUAGAGAAAACCAUGGAAGGAAGAAUAUCUUCAAGUUGUUGGAAAUCGAGUGCCAACAACAGAGAGCCUUCCACAAAGGGAAGAAGGCAAAAGGACUGCCACAGACACAGCUCUAAUGAUCAAGAAUCAACUGGGCAACCCAAAGUUAUCUUGACGAAUGUUCUGAGGACGAAAAUAGGAAGAAAAUACACACAGGCGCAGUCUAAAACUGGUGCUAAUUUUUCUGAUGCUGGCAAGCUGCAGUCAGAUCAACCACCCUCAUCAUCUGUUGCCAGCCUAAAGAUAUGGCAGAUUUUAAACCCUACUCUCCAAAGCCUUUUUCUGUCUAAAAGGCAACCCAAAGUUAUCUUGACGAAUGUCCUGAGGACGAAAAUUGGAAGAAAAUACAUAGACAGCCACGUAAGAAUUGAUGCAAAGUUAUCUGCUGCUGACAAAUUACAGUCGGGUCAACUACCCUCAUCAUCUGUUGCCAGCCUAAAGACAUGUCAAAUGUUAUAUUCUCCUCAUGAAAGUUCUUUUCUGUCUGAAAGGUCUAAGCAUUGCCUGAGAAAGACAGAUGAUGAUCUGUGUAAAUUGGCCAAGGUUUCUAAGGAACCAGAAAAAAAAAAUGCCUGCAAUUCCAGAAGACAGGAGCUGCAGAAGAAAGAAAACAAGAACUAUGAUGAACUGGAAAAGAGGAGCAGAAACAUGAACACUACUCUUAGUCAGAAGGAAUUGGGCUCUUUUGAUUCUGAGAAAAGGAAGAGAAGAUCUAGUGGCCUUAUUUCUGAUGAUUGUAAUGCACACAUUCCAGAAAAAUCACUACUUCUGUCUGAAGAGCAAAGAUUGAGUUCAACUCGGUUCCCUGGCUGCAGAAUGCUCUGUGAGGAUGGACAAGUUUGCAGAUCUGAUGUAAUUCUGGUGCCAGAUUGUAUUCCCCAGCCAUUAGAGAGAGACUAUAAAAACAGUUCUACCCACAACUGCUUCAGGUCUGUUCACAGCUGCACAGAGGAACCUAGCUCUGAGUCUCCUCCCAGAAAUUUGUCAGAGAAACAGCUUUCUGCCACCAGUGAGGAUGUGAUUUCACCACAAGUUAAUACCAUCAGGAAAUUUAAGAAGGACACAUCACAGUACCCGAGCAAGCUGCGGAACAGAAUCUGCAGGGGUAAUCAGCAACUUGUUUCAGUUGACCCAAUUGUCCUUUCCAGUGAUGAUGAAGAUGGACCUUCUGAACCAAAAGGCACAGAGCUGCUGCUGCAGGAUAACUUCACUGAUGAUGAAGAAACAGACAAACAGUCUGACUUCUGUUUCUCAGCAAAGCAACUGGAAAACAAGAAGGAAAGUCACACAAAACAGUUUUUAACAGAGUCAAUUGAAGAUAAAUGUCCUGUCAGCUUGCCUUCUGGAAGCACACCGAGAAAACAACUGAACCCAGCAUUGGAUGUUGAAUUUGAUAGUCUGUACAUGGGGAAAUUUAAAUGGUUGUCAACAGGUCAUGCUAGGUUUAGAACCAAUUAUAUUACGAUCCCAUUUCAGGUGGCUUUUAAUAAGAAUAUUAAGCUGACAGUGGAUACUCUGAAUCUGAGAAGGUUUGGCUUGUGGAGAAGUGAUGAUGGCUGUUCUUCAACAAUGAUCAUAUUCCUUUGGUUGUCUGUGGAUUAUGUAGAAAAGAUUGAAACCCAAUUGGGAAAGCUCAUUACCAGCAAGCCAUCCAUAUCUAGUGAAUUUGUGUUUCUUGAACUGUCCCAACCACUCACAGAACGGGAAGAAGACAGACUGACUGAGUUGAUUACAGAUGUGAGCAAAAAGAACAGAGCUCCGGAUCUCCCUGAAAUUUUGUCUCUGAAGCAAGCAUUACCCUUAUUUAAGGACCUUUCUCCUGAAGAGAGUUCUUUUAUGAGUUACAAUAAGUAUCUACUAAAGCAAUGUAUGUCAAAAGAGAAUACCUCAGAUGCUCGUGAGCCUGCAGUUCAGGGAUCAAAACGAGAAGUGGCCAGGCCCAGUUAUGCCCUUGCGAGUAAGCAGAGUGGUGGUUGCUAUUCUAUCUCUUUGUCCUCUGCACUGAAUGAAGAAUGGAAAGAAGUAAGAGAAGCUGGAGCAGUUAAAAAUUUAAUUGUUUAUCCACCUCCACCUGCAAAAGGAGGACUGGGAGUCACAAGGGAAGACCUAGAGUGCUUAGAAUAUGGCAAGUUUCUCAAUGAUGUCAUCAUUGAUUUCUAUCUUAAAUACCUUUUGUUGGAGAAGGUGCCAAAACAUAUUGCUGACCGUACACACAUUUUUAGUAGUUUCUUCUAUAAGUGCCUGACCAGAACAGAAAAAAACUCUGAGGGAGAUCUCAAAGUUUCAGUGGCACAGAGAAGACACAGAAGAGUAAGAACAUGGACUCGUCAUAUAAACAUCUUCAGUAAAGAUUAUAUCUUUGUGCCUGUGAAUGAGGAGUCUCAUUGGUACAUUGCAGUUAUCUGUUUUCCUUGGUUAGAAGAAGCUGUGUAUGAGGACUGUCCCCAUCAGAAUUCAUUGCAUCACCAGCCUCAACAGUCUCUGCUUUUGUCAGAGAGUGAGAACCCUACAACUGGCUCAGUGUUGGCCUUUACUGGUAACUGCAAGGAUGAAGAAGAAAUGGAUGCUAACAGAAGUUUCUUCUCAAAAGGUGGCAGUGAAAUCGCUGCUUCUGCUUCAGUCCUGGAUUCAGGUAUUUCUAGAAUCUCCCUAAGUAAUUCCAAAAGGCAGAUUUGUAAAAGGCCUUGUAUACUCAUCUUAGAUUCUUUGAAAGCUGGUUCUGUGCAGAAAACAGUUCAGGUUUUGAGAGAGUACCUUGAAGUGGAAUGGGAAGCUAAACGAAAAACGCAGCGAGAAUUCAAUAAAUCAACAAUGAUGGACCUCUGUCCCAGAGUGCCUAAACAAGAUAACAGCAGUGAUUGUGGGGUCUAUUUGCUGCAAUAUGUGGAAAGCUUCCUCCAGAAUCCCAUAGUUAACUUUGAACAGCCACUGCAUCUGGAGAAGUGGUUCCCUCGUCAGGUGAUCAGAAGCAAAAGAGAAGAAAUCAGAGACCUGAUCUUGCAACUGCACUUUCAGCAGCAUAGUGGCAGCAGCAGCUAAUGAAUCUAAUUAAGCCAGACCUGGCAAAGAACAUUGUUGAGUAAAGUAACUCGAACUCUCCUUAACAGCGUUUGGACUCUUUGCUGCCUUGCAAGGAAGAAGGGGGGAGGGGGGGAAAAGAACCACAAGAAGUAUUUUGUUCAGUGUGAAUUUAUUUAAAGAAUUUUUUUUUUUUCAUUUGAGUUGUGUGGUCACAGAGUGUAAUUGCUGGGGGGGGCGAGGGGAGGAGAAGGUUGUAGAUAAAAGUGUAAAUAUGUAAGUUAAAGCUAAUAUAUAUGGAAUGCCAAUUGAUUCUUUACUUGGAAUACGAAAGCUGCAUACAGGUAUGUGCCACAAGGAUGUAAAAAUAUUUUUAUCUUUUGGAACCUGUUCUUUACAAUUCUAUGUAAUCGUGGGUGAUCGUGUAGGAGUCAGGCCUGAAGACAGGAUUUUGACCCUACACUGUGUGUCUCUUUAUCUUGUAGCUCAUACAGAUAGAACAAAUACUAUGUAUUGUUUUAAUUUAAGGAUCUAAUAAUGACUCUCUUUAGAGAUGUAUUUUUUGUUUUGUUUCUGAUUAUAUACAGAAGCAUUCUGCAUGUGUCAGAAUAUUCUGCCAAGAUUUGAGGCAGCUGAGUUUUGAUUUUUUUUUAUUUCUACUUUUUCCCUUCCUAGCAUUUUAAUCAUAAAAAAUUAUUUCCAUGAGUGGAAGACAUUUGUUUGAGAGUGACUGUUAAAAUCUUUUAAAGUCAAGAGUGGAUUUUUUUAAAGGGUUGGGUUUUUUUUUUCCCCUUAUCAGGUUUUAGAAGAAAUUUUGCUCUCCCAGUACGUGCCAGUACAAUACAUGUAGGCAGUAGACUUUUAAUGCUGUUCGCCUCAUUUUGGGGAGGUACUCCUGCAAAUCUUAGGGCAUCACUUUAGAAAGGCAAGCAGGGUCUGGCUCAGAACUUCAAAAGUUUGAAGUGUUUUACUAAAAAAAAAAAAGGCCAUUUUCAUUCAAAAAGUUCAUUAUGUUCUAUAUAGUAUUUCUUUAAGAUACGUAAUUUCCAUAGCGCAAGCAGGAUUUAUACUUUGCUCAGGAGAAUUGAGUAAAGAUGCCUGAAUAUUUGAGUGUUUGAACUCGAGACUUGAUUUAGUAAUCUAGUACAAGUUUAUCAUUGUCUUAAUGCAUACUUACGUAGUCUUCCCUCAAACAGCAAUCACGUGAAGCUUUAAUAACAUUUUGACAUACACACUUUUUUCUAUGGUUACUGCAUGGUAGAAGUUGAUUGUUUUAAGAGGAUGCUUUCUCCCGUUCCCCACUGUAAGUAAACUUAAGUAUCAUCUUAAGUGUCAUCGCACCCUUCAGAAGGACCAUGUGUUGGAUAACCACCAAAACCACCUGUCAAACAUAUCUACAAAACCAGAACUCUCAGCGCUGGGAGUAGGGUAGAGAGUCAAGGUAAAAAUCUGAGGGCAAUGCGUACAUGUGAACAUUUUUAUGGCAUUGCAGAAUUCUCAGGGCCCCUUCCCUCCACACAGCUUCGAAAUCUAGCGUUUGGAAAAUCCAGUUAUUACUUCAGGUUCUGUACAGUCAUCCAAAAAAACCCCCACCCACAGUUGUUUCUCAAACCAGGAAACAUUCUUUCUGGAAGAGACACAAUUUUAAACCAAAAUAAUUUGCUGACUGCAGUUACCUUCUGUGUAGCUGUGAAGAGCCUAGUACAAUUACUGUAUGUUUUUUGUCUUUGUUUACACUUUAAUUCCACAGAUUGUCACUGUUCCCUCAGCAGCAUCUGUCCCCCUCAUCCCAGAGUUUUUUUGGCUUUCACACCUAAAUCACAACAUCAGCAUUGCUUACAGGGAUAAUCUGUGUAUUUAUUGUAAGACAGAUAAAAGAAAAAAUGCAGAAAUAUGUGCCCUUUUUAAUUGAUGAAUAUUUUCAGUAUUCCCUUAAGAAAAAUAGUUUGGGCUUUUUCUUGCAGUAAUGUAAGUUUUUAUCAUGAAGUAAUUAAUUCUUUUUUAGAUUGACUGGUUUAUAAAUAUUUAAAAGCAAAAGUCAUGUAUAAACUUUUAUAAAUUGGUUUUAUAACACUGAAGGAUUGCCUUUGUAGAUUUGUUAGAUAUGAGCUGUGAGAAUGCCAAUACAUUUGAUAUUAAAAUUAUUUCCAGAAGUU